CGGCCUAGGAGCUGGGGAGAUUGUUUUAUUCGGCCUCAAGGGCGAUACCGACAAGGGAUGGACUGCAGUGUUAUACAAUCCGAGCCUUCAGUAGGGGCUGGUAGCUCAAGGCUACAGCGGAGCCACGUCCGUAUCUAGACCCUUUCGAUUCUUUUUCUGAUCCCGGCAUGUGCCAACAUCUUCAUAUCUUAUCGGACUUGUAAAUGUCACUUGUGCAUCGGAAGAAUUGUAGUACCAGUACGUUUGUGUCAUCAUCCUCAGCGCGCGAUGUCAGCUAUAAGUUUCAGUAUCUGGCUUAUUUUCCACGUGAUCGCGUCCGAAAUCAGUGAUCUAAUCUCAGCUCUUGACCCUGAUGCAGGCUGAGUCCGAAGACCGUUCUCUUGCUCCCGAGCAUCCCAUCCCCAACAGACACUUCUUUUCGGUUGAAUAUCCUGGCUAUGUCCGUCAAGAAUCCGUGCCUAUCGCGAUACAAAAUCUUGGUGGGCAAGCCGCACUCGACAAUGCUUUCAAACGCAGGGCGAAAACGGAACCCGCGACCUUGGAGCUGAAACUACGUCCUGGGAACCCUUUCGCGCACCCAAUCCCCGGAGAUGUUGUCUCGACGAAUAACCUUGUCCUCAAAAUCGUGAAACGCCGUCGGAAAAAUCGAAUGGACGACAGAGGCACGGUCGGGGAGUACACUGCCGAGAUCGUCGGUGCGGCUUCCAAAACGGUGAGAUUCAGAAGUAUGGCUGACUACCAGUACCAGCCGGACGCCAACGAUCCGGUGACUAAGCUACGGACGGCAAUGGACAUUAUGGAUGGUAUCGGUACCUGUUCAUUUUCGUCUCAAAUUUGCUCAUUCAGGACAGUCGAGACCCUCCGGAGUUAUUCCAUGCCAGCUGAACGUGCUGAGUACCUUGUUCCUGUAAUGUCUCCCGAGUCCUCCAGUACGGACAUGAACGCCAUGACCAAUCUCGAUCCUGCUCUGGAACGAACGCCGGACGACGCAGAAGCUCAGCGCCAGCCUAGGCAAAGCAACUUGCGCCUGUUUCCGCCACCGCUGUUCAGUCGCCAGGCGCUUCCUCAGCCAUACAAUUUCAAGGCCAAUCCGGCAUCCAUGGUAACGUCGAUCGUCAACGAAGAAACUGGAGAGGAGAGGAAACGUCUCAUCAAUAAAAUGCGCUGGAAAGGAUUCGGUCCAAUUUCGCUCUCGUUCAGCGAUCGCCAGGUGACGCACGGGCGCGCGAGCUACGUUGAACGAGGCUCUGGUCAAAAAGCUCUUGGAGGUUUGCGAUUUCUUCUCGCUGCAGAGGCCGCGAUACUCAAAGAAGGCAAGAUUUUCACGACACGACCAGUAUGGACUAGGGCAGCUCUCCUCACUCAGUUGACGCCUUCAGAGGCCAGAGAAGCCACCAACACAAAAGCAUUGCUGCCCACUGUAUGUUACGUUUUCAGCGAUGGACCAUGGAGAGACACACUUGUUCGAUUCGGUUACGAUCCCAGGCAGAAAGCGGAAUCCAGAUUCUACCAACGAGUUUAUUUCCGCAAUGUGAAUCACCCGAUUGUCAAGCCAUCUGUGAUGACGCGGCGGCAAGAUCGUUCCAUUACUGGUGGGUCCGAAUACAACAGCAUUGUCGAUGGAUCGGAGAAGGAUGCUGAACGCAAGGAAACAGCAUCAUUUCAGCUCUGUGACCUCCACGACUCUAUGCUCCAAGAGAUGAUCGAAGACGAGUCCGAGCUGAGAGAAGAAUGCGACGAACGUGACGGAUGGUACACAACGUACGCCCUCGAGAGAAUCAAGACCGUCCUUCGACACAAGUUCUUCACUACUCUGGAGGGUUAUCCGGCAACAGACGAAGAAUGCCGACAACUGCUCGUUGCGUCGGCGCAAAUGCCGAGCAGAGGCAAAGAAUUCUCGAAUCUAAGGAACGUCCGUCUCAAACUGGGCAAGCAUAACAUGGCCAAGGGAGCAUUAAGGCCGGAGGAUGCUGCGGCCUUGAGAUUGAGGGCUGCACUAGACAAGACCGCGCGCGAUCGCACCGAACCGAAGGACUGAUCGAUGUCCAUAGUUUCUUGAUACCGUGUAUUCAGCAUUGCG